AUGUUUGCCGGCGCUUUCUUCAGAGACUAUCAGGAUGCACAGCUCCGUGAUCCCUUGACACUGCCCCGCCAGCAAAUGCUCGGUGUUGGAGCCGCGAUGGCUGCUAACAGACUCUCGCAUUUCUUCGAUCUCAGAGGGCCUAGUAUGGCCAUCGAUACCGGAUGUUCUACCACGCUCACUGCAUUACACCAAGCGUGUCAAAGCCUGCGGACUGGCGAAAGCGACAUGAGCAUCGUUGGCGGCGCGAACGUCAUGAUCAACUCUGAUAUAUUCGUCACCAUGUCUUCUCUACAGUACGUCGAUUCUCUAAUCUGA